CAGGAACUGAUGUAAGACUCAGAGUACAAGGAGAAUUCUGAGGGGCGCUUGCUGGCUGGGUCCUGGCGAGCGUGAGGAGCUCCGCCUGGCGGGUUGACCAUGGGCGCCUCGGCCUCCAGGGGCCAGGCUGCCCGGAUCCCCGCGCCGGAGCCAGAACCUGAGGAGGCGGCGCUGGGCCUGAGUCAACUACCACCGGAGCUGCUCCUGGUGGUGCUGAGCUACGUGCCCCCACGCACGCUGCUCAGGAGCUGCCGCCAUGUGUGCCGGGGCUGGCGCGCCCUGGUGGACGGGCAGGCCCUGUGGUUUCUGAUCCUGGCCCGCGACCACGGCGCCACUGGCCGCGCCCUGCUGCCGCUAGUCCGCAGCUGUCUGCCCCCCGCCCGCAACGGCAGGCUCUGUCCCUUGGGCCGCUUCUGCUUGCGCAGACCCAUCGGACGCAACCUCAUCUGGAACCGCGGAGGCCAGGGCCUACGGAAGUGGAUGGUGCGGCAAGGUGGGAACGGCUGGUUGGUAGAAGAAAACGGACCAGCGGUGCCCGGGGGCCCUUCGCAGUCUUUCGGAACUUCUUUCAGGUGGUGUCUCAAGAAGGAGUUCUUGGACCUGGAGGAAGAGGGUUUGUGGCCAGAACUGCUGGAUAGUGGCAAGAUUGAGAUUUGUGUCUCAGAGUGGCAGAGAGCCCGAGAUGGGAGUACCUGUGUAUAUCGACUCCUUGUCCAACUUCUAGAUGCCAACCAGACCGUUCUAGAUACAUUCUCUGCUGUGCCCGAUCCCAGCCAGCAGUGGAACAAUAAUAGCUGCCUUUGGGUCACCCACGUGUUUUCCAACAUCAAGAUGGGCGUCCGCCUUGUGUCUUUCGAACACUGGGGAUCUGGGACCAUUGGCCAGGACCCUUCAUUAACAAAGAGCUUAUACCUCUCUGGCAUACUGGGAACUCCUGGGUCCAGUCAAGAGUCCUCUGUCUUCAAGUUCUGGAAACUACCGGAAGAAGGUUCUUCCAUCAGAUCUACCUACUGCUGCUGCUUUCAGGGGAGGCCUGCUCUACUGAGGGGAGACCCACAGAUAUGGAUACGGAGGGAAUCAAGGAAGAGGAACAGGCCACCCCACACCCCUGAUGGAAGCAGCCAGAUGCCCCUGAAGGUGAACUACUCUUGGAAGCUUUCCCCUCCUCUCAAAGAAAACAAUGACAACACUUUGACUUACCUUUCCAAGCUGCUGGAACACUUUGAAUUCAAACUGACUGUGACCCUACACUUGACUUCUAACCUCCAACUAAGCACUCCUGGUAAUGCUGAGGAUCAGCCAGCAGGAGGAAGCCCAGCUCCUGCAUGGCCCAUCCCGACACCUGGGGAUGUUGUCUGAGCUCCUGGGAAGGAGGAACUAUGUCACAGACAAGCAUGACCAUUUGGAACUGCCUUCCUCAGGCUUUCCCUCUGAAAGCAAGUCCUGAGCUGAACUGGUUGUACUGGUCUGGCAGCCGUCAGGCUGGAGGGCCCAGGGUGUAAGGCCACACCGGGGACCCUGAACUUACCUGCUCAGACUAAUGUGUAUCCUGCUUGGGGUGCCCUAACAACUGUAAGCUCACUUACAGUCUCAGGGGUUCCACGUUCGCCCUCCAGGAUUGUACUUCUUGUAUGUGUUGUCCCCGGACUAUUAAGACACUGCCUCAGCCCUGGAAGGCGUUCAGGUCAGUUCACCUUACUGCCCAGAUGUGUGCUGUGCCUGCGGUGAUGCCUAGGGCCAGCUGAACAGUGGGCUCAGCUGUAACUGCUAACUCCACAACCCUGGAGGGCUUACCUGAGGCCAUAUUGCAAGGUGGUCUCACUUACUCCUUGGGGACCUACUGGUGAUAAUUUUGCUGUAAAGGCACCACGGCUAAGGGCCAGAGGCGGAGAUUAAAGAAAAGGGUUAACGUAGCAGGCUUGAGACAGUUUUCUUCAGAAGGGCCUGCUGGCAAGAUUGGCUCUUGGCUGGCAUCUGGGAGCUUGGCAGCCAGAAUGUUCCCAUCACUCCCUAGGAUGAGUGAGAGGGAUGCUUCCCUGUUCCUAGAUGGUGCAAACUGUGGCUUACGCUGAACAUUUGCUUGUCUUCUUGGAGCCCAGAAUUUUGGUACAUACUGGGCAGAGGAUGCCUAUGUGACCAGCCCCCAGCGAACACCCUGGGCACUGAGUCUCUACUGAGCUUCCCUGAACAUCACACACAUGUUGCUGCAUUUCUGUUGCUGGGGGAAGAAUGUGCUCUGCAGCCCUUCCUGGGAGGGAGCGAGCAUAAGGAAGCCCGCCUGCGAUUCCUCCAGGCUCCAUCUGUCUUCUCUCCCCUGUGGUCUGUCUGCGCAUGCUCAGCCCAUUGCUGUAAUGAAUCUUAGCUGUGAGGACAACUGCAUGCUGAGUCUCAUGAGUCCUUCUAGAAAAAUCUCUAAACAUAAGGGUGUUCCUAGGGACUCCAAACACAGCACCUCUAAUGUUUAGGCUCGGUCCAAGUUUGGUCAAAUAUCCCAAUAAUGUUUUUGUAGCAAAAGCAUCCAGGUCAGAAUCCCAUGUGUGAUGGCUCUGACUUGUCACAUCUCUGCAGUCUCGUCAGUCAUGAACAGUUCCUCCAACACCUUUUUGCUAUCAUUGACCUGAGCAGUGUUGAAGACUAUAGGCCAGUUUUACUUUGUAAAAUGUCCUUGAAUUUGCAUUUGUCUAAUGUUUCCUUAUAAUUAGAUGUAGAUCAUGCAUCUUUGCCAGAAUGUCACAGAAGUGACUUUUUUGUUCUCAUUUCAGCUUAACCUGCGCUGCACGAUUUUAAUUUGUCUUGUUACUGAUAAUAUUCACCUGUCACUUGAAAUAAAGUGGUGUCUGCCAA